CGCUGGGGAUUUCAUUGGCACGGGACUCUGAGUACGGUCAGCGCUGCAUCCCCAAUAAAAUAACCUCCCAAACAUCAAAUCUGAGACCACGUCCCGUAUCAGAUCGCCGGUCACAUCUCGGGUCGCUCGUCGUUCAACUCGGUAUUUUCCGAUUCUCCAUGAAGUACACGCUGCCUUUGCUCGCGCUUGCCUUGGCGACGCUCUCGACGGACGCCGCGCUCAUCCGCAGCGAGGACGGGCGGUUCCGCACCCCCACCGCCGUGGCCGCCAUCUCCGCCGACGCCGACACGAACCGCAAGUGCCACACGACCAACGGCGACUUUGUCGCGGCGCUCGCCCCCGGCAAGUACGCGUCGAGCAGCUUCCACAAGUGCUUUCGCACGGACGCGCAGAUUUUCCAGUUUCUGGAUACGCUUGCGAGUCAAAACAGCCAGAUUCUGACCAAGUUCCAAAUCUCCACGUCCUUCAAGGGCGAAAAGAUCUGGGCGUACAAGAUCUCGACGGGCUCGCGCGCCAAGGCGCUGUACACGCAGAGCAUGUUGCACGCGCGCGAGUGGGUCGCGGGCUCGUCCGCUGUGUUUACAAUCGCAUCCAUUUUGGACGACGUCGCCAACAAAAAACCGACGCCAGCCGACAGCUACGACCUCGUGUUUGUGCCCAUCGUCAACAUUGACGGGUACCGCAUCACGUGGAGCUCCAAGCGGCUGCAGCGCAAGAACGCGAACGAGGUCGACCUCAACCGCAACUGGUACACACCGAUCCGAAACCCGAGCCCGCCGCGGCCGUCGGACGAGACGUACCCGGGCCCAUCGUACUUUAGCGAGAAGGAGACGCAGGGCAUCCGCGACUACAUCACGGCGCGCAAUGCGACGUUCGCGGGGUACCUCGAUGUGCACUCGUUCGCGGGCGAAGUGCAGUUGCCGUACGGCGACACGAAGGCGGCUCUCGGCAACGGCCUCGACACCAAGUACCAGACGCUCGGCGACGCGCUCUCGACAGCGAUGGGGUCUUCGUACACGACGACGUUCGAGUGGGAAAUGUACCUCUCGUACGGCUGCUUUGAGGACUGGGGCCAGCGCUACCUCAACAAGCCGACGCUCACAAUUGAGAUGGCUGGCAACGACUUUGUCGCGCCAGCGUCAACCAUCGUGAGCUCCGGGAAGGAGCUCUACCGUGGCUACUAUGCGUUUGCCAACGGUGUCUCCAAGUUUUAGUCGGUGUGUAAACUUGAUGUGACGUAAGCGUUU